AUGGCGCAAACCCAAUACAAAAACAUUGCCUUGGCAAAUUCUGGAGCAAAAGUUUUUUACCGCGAACAAACACCUGCGCCGGAUGCACCGGUCAUCCUUCUACUCCACGGAUACCCCUCAUCGUCUCACCAGUACCGCAAUCUGAUCCCACUUCUCGCCGUCAAAUAUCGGGUCAUUGCCCCGGAUCUCCCAGGAUUCGGCUUUACCGAAGCUCCUAGCGGAUUCAAAUACACAUUUGAAAAUCUAGCAACUACUAUCGGAGAAUUCAUCGAUCAACUCUCCAUUCCCCGCUUCGCCAUCUACAUCUUUGACUACGGCGCUCCCGUUGGUCUACGAAUUGCUCUCCAACGCCCAGAGGCCAUCACAGCCAUAAUCACGCAAAACGGAAACGCCUAUGUGGAAGGCUUCGGCGACGUCUGGGGCCCCAUUCAAGAACUUUGGGCAAGCAAUAAUGCACCAGAGAAUCGAGACAAGGUUGCGAAAGCGAUGUUGACGCUCGAAACAACUAAGUUCCAGUACGAGGACGGUACUUCUGAUCUCGGCCUUGUUGCACCAGAGUCGUACUCUCUUGAUUACGCUUUGAUGGAGCGUCCAGGCAACAAGGAUAUUCAGUUGGACUUGUUCUUCGACUAUCAGAAUAAUAUUGCUGUUUAUGAUGAUUUCCAGGCCUACUUCCGGAAAUCGCAGGUUCCGCUGCUGGCUAUUUGGGGUAAGAAUGAUAAGUUCUUCAUCCCGCCCGGAGCCGAAGCAUAUAAGAGGGAUCUGCCAAACGCUGAGGUGCAGUUGAUUGAUGCUGGCCAUUUUGCUGUUGAGAGUGAUACGGGGUAUAUUGCGCAGGAAAUUUUGAAAUUCUUUAGCAAGCGCAAUCUCUAA